UUGAACGAGAAGGCUGAUGCGUGGCGGCAAUGCCCCGGCGUGGAAUACGUUCUCUGCAUCCGUGUUAGCCCGAAACUGAUCGUUCGUCAGUACCGCUUGGACUCCAUCGUGGACGGGCAAUUUGAGAAUCCUGGUAUGCAGCACGCACCCAUCGAUGACGACACCUUCGUGCAGUUUGACGCUCGGCGCUUGCUGGGAAUUCCUCGCGGUGGUGUUCUCCCUGCUGGCUUCAACGAUAUCGUUCGCUUCAACCUCUUCAACGUUGUAAAC